CUGAAAAAAACACCACAUCUUCAUUUUUAACAGCUCCUUUUUCUCUUACAAACUCUGUAUACUUCAUAUUUACAAGCACUCACUAAUCUUCUAUCUCUCACUGUCAAUGGAGUCUCGCGUAUUGACUAGUGGUGCCACAACCGCUAUUCGCGGUGGCCUCCCACUUCUCCGGAAGCCGGCGGCAGUGAUCAACUUCACUGCCGCCGCCAACUCCGGCAGCAGCAACUUCCCCGCUAAUACAGCGAAACCAUUCGGAGCUGUUAUUAGCGGGGCUGGAGCUGGAGCUGGAGCUAACUUGAUUUGGGGAAGGCAAUUGCGUCCAGCUAUACUUCUUGAAGCUUCUCCAAAAAGAGAAUCUCUCAAGCCUUGCUUCUCCGCUGCUUCUUCGCCCGCCGAAAGCAGCGAUUCCGCCGGGGAUGCUAAAGUCGGGUUCUUCAACAAAGCUACCCUGACUACCGGGUUUUUCUUCUUCAUGUGGUAUUUUCUGAAUGUGAUAUUCAACAUCCUCAACAAGAAGAUCUACAAUUACUUCCCUUAUCCUUAUUUUGUUUCUGUUAUACAUUUGGCUGUUGGGGUGGUAUAUUGCUUGUUGAGCUGGGCUGUAGGCCUCCCAAAAAGAGCUCCUAUUGAUUCAACCCAACUGAAGCUGCUCACCCCAGUUGCUUUCUGUCAUGCACUUGGCCAUGUUACCAGCAAUGUCUCAUUCGCUGCAGUUGCAGUCUCAUUCACCCACACAAUCAAAGCUCUUGAGCCUUUCUUCAACGCUGCUGCGUCUCAGUUCAUUCUCGGGCAACAGAUACCUUUAGCACUAUGGCUGUCAUUGGCUCCAGUUGUCCUCGGUGUGUCGAUGGCUUCAUUGACUGAGCUAUCUUUCAAUUGGUUGGGCUUCAUUAGUGCUAUGAUUUCUAACAUCUCCUUCACAUACAGGAGUAUAUACUCGAAGAAAGCUAUGACUGAUAUGGAUAGUACUAACGUGUAUGCUUACAUAUCAAUCAUUGCUCUUAUCGUGUGUAUCCCGCCUGCCGUUAUUAUUGAGGGGCCUAAAUUACUCCAGUACGGGUUUAAUGAUGCCAUUGCUAAAGUUGGUAUGACAAAAUUUGUAACAGAUCUCUUUUGGGUGGGAAUGUUUUAUCACCUCUACAAUCAGGUAGCCACAAACACCCUUGAGAGGGUGGCACCUCUUACACACGCAGUUGGGAAUGUGUUGAAACGUGUGUUCGUGAUUGGAUUCUCAAUUAUUGUCUUUGGUAACAGAAUUUCAACACAGACCGGUAUUGGAACCUGCAUUGCAAUUGCUGGAGUUGCAAUCUACUCCUUCAUUAAGGCCAAGAUGGAGGAAGAGAAAAGGCAAAAGAAAGCGGCCUGAAUAUGAAGGAAACGCGUAUGUGGAAGACGGUUGUCAUGGACUUUGUGUUGAUUUCACUAUUUUCCCCUGUCCAAAUAAAGUUAAAAAAGGAAACCUCUGCUUUUCUUGGAGUUCUGUAGUUAGUUUGAAGUCAAUUAUUUUGAUUCAAAGGUCAAUCCCGGCUAAUUCUGUAUAUCUGUGAUUACUGUAAUAAUAAUGUACCACUUCUAUUUUUCACUGCCAGACAUCAUGAACUCAUUAGAGACUUGAAGGGACUGUGAAGAUAUCGAAUGUUAAUAUACCAUUUUCUUCUGAA